AUGGAGGGUGCCCUGUCCAAGGCGCUACGAGCCGGUCGAUGGAUCGUAUUCGACGACAUUGACCGUGCCAGUAUGGAAAUGCUGGUGCUCAUCGCCGAUGUCCUGGAGGCGCUCAACAGCAUCCUCUCCGGUGAUCUCGUCCUCACUUCCCGGGGAGAUGUCGAGGCGAUACCCCGUCAUCCCAACUUUCGCCUCUUUGCUUGCAUGAACCCAGCAACGGACGUCGGCAAAAAGGACCUUCCGCCGCAUCUAUCGGUGCUCUUCACUCGCAUACACGUCCCACCGCCGGAUGACAACCGGGAGGCCUUAGUGGCGAUAAUCGAGCAGUACCUUGAUGGCCCGCUCGUCCUCGAUGUUGCCGACCUCUAUACCGACUUCAAAAAACAAGCUACAGCUAGGGAAAUUGUCGACGGUUCGCUCGCCCCGCACUACAGUAUGCGAACGCUCACACGAGCCCUGUCGUUCGCCGUCAACACCCCUCUCAACCUGCGUCGCGCUGUCGCGGAGGGAUGGAUGAUGGCAUUCAUGAUGGCUCUCGAUCCGCCAAGCAUUGCGAGAGUUCAGCCGUUGCUCGAGCGUCAUCUCGGAACACACCCUGCCGCUUCAUUUUCCAUCCCACCAGGUCCACUACCACCCCUGCCCUCGCGUCUCGUCCUGACUCCCUCGGUCUCCCGUAAACUCGUGGAUCUCUCCCGUGCCAUACUCGCCCGCUAUCCCGUGCUGAUUCAAGGCCCCACGUCAAGUGGAAAAACAAGUGCCAUCGAACAUCUUGCCAGGACCACCGGUCAUCGAUUUGUCCGUAUUAACAAUCAUGAGCACACCGAUCUACAAGAGUAUCUUGGUACACACAUGACUGAUCAGUCGGGAAAUUUGGUCUUCCAGGAAGGAUUGCUCGUCACAGCCGUGCGACAAGGCCACUGGAUCGUACUUGACGAGCUCAAUCUUGCACCGACCGACGUCCUCGAAGCUCUGAAUCGGCUUCUUGAUGAUAAUCGCGAGUUGCUCAUCCCGGAAACGGGGGAAAUUGUCAAGCCCCAUCCUCAAUUCAUGCUGUUCGCCACCCAGAACCCACCCGGUCUCUACGCGGGUCGUAAAGUCCUCUCCAGAGCAUUCCGAAAUCGAUUCCUCGAGGUCCAUUUCGAUGACGUGCCGAACGACGAGCUCGAAACCAUCCUCUGCGAGCGAUGUCAGAUAGCUCCAUCUUACGCUCGCAAGAUCGUCCAAGUCUUUGAAGAACUCCGUCACCGACGACAGACCAGCCGUGUAUUCGAAUCCAAACACUCGUUUGCGACCUUGCGGGAUCUGUUCCGAUGGGCAGAGCGGGGUGCAAUUGGUUACGAGCAGCUCGCCCGGGAUGGGUACAUGUUACUGGCAGAGAGGGCCAGAAAUGAGGAGGACAAGGUGGUGAUCAAGGAAGUCCUGGAAGGCGUCAUGAAAGUGGCAUUGACGAUCUCGCAACGCUCACUUGUCUAG